UCUCGUCGGUUCCGCAGCACUGAGGCCGAUUGGGCGACCAACACUCUCGUUUUCAAAACGAAGUGAGGACAGAUGUAUCGCGUACCUUUCAUUGCUACCACGGCGACACCACGCCCCGAUCCUCCUCCCCCGGAGCCUUCAGUGCCCACACCAUCUCCCUCUAUCACUGUCACCUCGCCUCGGCAGUUCGCUCACUUCAUUCGACAGGACGACGUCACCUUCUUUAUGGUGGACGUGACGGAUCUCUUACACUAUGAUCCACCCUGUCCCGAUGUCGAGCUCAUCCCUCUGGAGCCAGAUCCUCCCUCUAUCUCCAUGGCUCCCAUCUCUACUUCCGUCCCUCCGCCGUCCGUCGAGUCCACCCCGCUGUCGCGCGCUGACGCUGAGGAACUCACACGAUAUACGGAUGACUUGGAGCCCGCAGUUCGURACCUCAUCCGAGAGUACCACGACGUUUUCCCAUCGUCGUUCUCGUACGCCGGCAUCCCCCUGAUGCAUGACGUCGAGCACUCUAUUCAGCUUGUGCCUGACUAUCGUGUUCACCACCAGGCACCCUACAGACUCUCGAUCCCUGAGGCCACCGAACUCAAGCGUCAGCUCGAGGAGCUUCUGAGACAGGGUUUCAUUAUACCAAGCAACUCCCCGCGGGGUGCACCCGUCCUCUUUGCUCGCAAAGCGGAUGGAACUCUCCGUCUCUGCAUCAACUAUCGGGGUCUCAACCGCUAUACGGUUAAGAACAUCUACCCCAUGCCUCAUUCCGAUGAGUUAUUCGACCGCCUAGCAGGCAACCGCUUCUUUACAAAGAUUGAUCUUCGUAGCGGUUACCAUCAGAUCCUCGUCGCUGCAGCCGACCAGCUGAAGACCGCGUUCCGAUCGCAAUUCGGCCACUACGAGUUCAUGGUGAUGCCAUUCGGCCUCACCAAUGCACCCGCUACCUUUCAGAGGGCGAUGAGCGACAUCUUCAAGGACAUCCUGGAGCAGUAUGUUCUCGUCUAUCUCGAUGAUAUCCCGGUCUACAGUCGUACCCUUGAGGAGCACCUCAGACACCUUCGCGACGUCCUUGACCGCUUGCGCAGACAUGGCUUCUACGCCAAGUUGAACAAGUGUCGUUUUGCCCAGCACAAAGUGAAUUUCUUAGGACACUACGUGUCUGACCAGGGUCUCCACAUGGACGACGCGAAGAUCACUGCUAUUGCGGAUGCACGUGAGGUCGCCGACAUCGUGUUUGACCGAGUCGUGCGUGACCACGGCUUACCUCUGAGCAUCAUAUCUGACCGUGACCCGCGCUUUACCAGCCGAUUCUGGCGACGGCUCCACGAGGUGUACGGCACUCAGCUCCGCUUCUCCUCGUCAUACCAUCCUCAGACUGAUGGUCAGACCGAGAUCACGAACAGGACUCUCGGAGAUAUUCUCCGAAAGAUUGUUCGUGACGACCAGCAGUGGGAUCUCCAUCUUGCCCACGCGGAGAUAGCCUACAACCACGUCGUUUCGCCAGCCACGGGGAUGUCGCCUUACUAUUGCGACCUCGGCUAUCACCCGCGUGUUCCCGCGGACUUCCUUCGACCGUCCCAGAUGCACCCCGACACGAGUUGUCCCGCGCUGGAUGAUUGGGUUGCACACAUAACGUCGAUUAUGAAGACCGCACAUGAGCACACAGUCGCUUCCCAGACUCGCAUGGCAGCACGUGCGAACCGAUCGAGGAUGGAUCACCCAUUCAAGGUCGGUGAUGAUGUGCUUAUCGACGCCCACAACUUACAGCUCGAAGCGGAUACGCUUCGUAAGUUUCGGCGUCGCUUCUUUGGUCCAUGCCGCAUCCUCCAGGCCGUCGGUUCUGAUACGGCAUCUAGCCUGGUCAGCUUUCGUGUGAAGCUGCCCGACUACCUACGCCAGGCUCGUGUGCAUGAUGUCUACCACGUCUCGUUACUGCGUCCUUACCGCAGACCCUCUGAGCGUUUCGUUGGACGACCAUACGAGCGCCCUUCACCCAUCAUGGUGGACGGCCACGAGGAGUUCCUCGUUUCAGACAUCAUUGGCCGCAGAGUCACCAACGAUUACCCUCCCCACGUCGAGUAUCUCGUACGUUGGAAGGGUAACCCUGAUGAGGAGGCUACCUGGGAGCCCCUCGAGCACUUGCAGCACGCUCGCAUGUUAGUGCAUGCUUAUGACCGUGCUCGUCGUGCUAGGUUCAUUGCUCCUCCUCAGCCCACUGACCCUCCUCCUUCUCCCCCGGCUAAGGAGACCGCUGAAGUCGAGCCUGCUCCAUCUGAGGCAGACCUUCAGAAGCAGCCAGAUGUUUCUGAGCGUCCACAGCACACUCGUCGUCGUCCUGCUCGAUACGACGAUUGACUCUAACUUACCUUCCCACGUCCUUGACUUCUCAGUACUCCAUCCACUCCAGUUUUGCUACUUCGGC